CAACAUCCAGCUGCAGAAAAUGUAUGGGAGGAUCACAUCCCCAGAUUUCCCAAACGUCUACCCCAACAACAAGCAGAGAAGCUGGAAUAUCAGCGUCCCCAAGGGAUACGCCAUCCGGAUCUACUUCACCCACUUUAACAUGGAGCUGUCCUACCUGUGUGAAUACGAUUAUGUGAAGAUCAGCUCCGGUGGGAAGCCGGUGGCCACACUGUGUGGACAUGAGAGCACAGACACUGAGGAGGCUCCAGGCAACAGGACGUACCACUCCAUCGACAACACCCUCACUGUGACUUUCCGAUCCGACUACUCCAACGAGAACCAGUUCACCGGCUUCGAGGCCUUCUACUCAGCUGAAGAUGUUGAUGAGUGUGAGCAGCUGAUUGACGACGAACCACUUUGUGACCAUCACUGUCAUAAUUACUUGGGCGGCUUCUACUGCAGCUGCAGGGUUGGCUACGUCCUCCAUGAAAACAAGAGGACCUGCGUAGCUCAGUGUCAGAACAAUGCUUUUACUAAGAGAUCUGGAGUGAUCAUCAGUCCCAAUUAUCCCAAGCCUUAUCCCAAACUCUCCACCUGCAGCUACACUAUCCGGGUGGAAGAUGGCUUCAUGAUCAUCCUGGAAUUUGUGGAAACCUUUAACGUGGAAAGUCACAUGGAAACAGUGUGUCCCUAUGACGCCCUUAAGAUUAAAACACCCAAAAAGGAAUAUGGCCCAUUCUGUGGACAGAACAUACCUCCAAAAAUUGAGACAGGCAGCAAUGUUGUGGAUAUUACUUUCACCACCGAUAUCUCCGGAGACCACACUGGUUGGAAGAUCUCAUACACUACAACAGCUUUGCCAUGCCCCAGUCCUAAAGCACCACCCCAUGGUCACAUCAAUCCAGUGCAAGCAAAAUACAUCCUGAAAGACUACUAUACUCUGUCCUGUGAUACUGGAUAUGUGCUGUUGGAAAAUGAACUGGUUUUAAAGUCUUUUAAAGCAGAAUGUCAAAAGAGUGGUUCCUGGAACAAACCAAUUGCAAAGUGCAUCAUUGUUAACUGUGGUCGACCUGAAGACAUAGACAAUGGCACGAUUACUUACAUCACAGGACCAGAGGUGACCACCUACAAAGCUGAGAUUCAGUACAAAUGCGAGAGCACCUUCUACACUAUGAAAGCAAGUAAUAAUGGUAGAUACCAGUGUGGUGCUGAUGGAUACUGGAAGAACUCCAAGAGAGAAAAAACUCUGCCAAUCUGUGAGCCAGUUUGUGGAAUACAAACGAGGACAACCCUGGAACGUAUAAUUGGAGGGAAAAGGGCAAAGCCUGGACAGUUCCCCUGGCAAGUUAUGCUAAUUAAUGAAGAUGGAAGCCUAGGCGGUGGCGCCCUCUUGUAUGACAAUUGGGUUUUAACUGCUGCUCAUGCAGUCAUCAAUCAAAUGGACCCAUCAACUUUGACAAUCAAAAUGGGAUUUCUGGACAAAAAUUCAGCUCACUACCAACAAGCCUGGGCAGAAGGAAUUUUUGUACACGAAGGUUACAGUGAUGGCAUGAGUUUUAACAAUGACAUUGCCCUGAUUAAACUGAAACAUAAAGUCCCAAUUAAUUCAAAUAUUACACCCAUUUGCUUGCCAAGAAAAGAAGAAAGAUUCCAUGUGAAAACAGAUGAUAUGGGAACUGUAGCUGGCUGGGGAAGAACUGAAAAAAGGAGGCUUUCCCCUCAUCUACUGUAUGUUGAAUUAGUAGUUAUUGACAACAGAAAGUGUAAAGAUGCAUUUGCAAAGCUGCCAAGUGGAAAAUCUCUGCUAAUAACAGAAAACAUGUUGUGUGCUGGGGAGGAAGAAGGGGGAAAAGAUUCUUGUCAGGGUGACAGUGGGGGACCAUUAACUUUCGUAGACAGCCUGACUAAGAAAUGGUUUGUUGGUGGUAUUGUGUCCUGGGGCGUAGACUGUGGGGUUGCUGGCCAAUAUGGGGUGUACACGAAACUGAUUAACUACAUUUCGUGGAUUGAAAACACCAUUUUGAAAAAUUCUUAAAUAGUCUCUUAUGUGCAGUGACAAUGAAAAGUGAGUAAAAAUAACAUUCUCCCUUUUGGUACAUUAAGACAUUUAACAGAUCAGAUUCGUUUUGUAAUAUUUUUAAAGUUGAUUUAAUAGAUUUCAGUUUGUGUCAAUUAAUACUUUCAGGUGUUAUAUCUGCCCAACUAACCUAAUCAAUUAGUUUUACACUCAAAUCUUACUUUAAAGUUGCUUUCCAUACCUGUUGAUAGGUGGAAGGCUCAAAAGAUCAAGGGAAACUGUGCACGUAGCAGCACCUUGUUUAGUUCAUGUAAAUAAACUAAAAAAAAGCAGAUUACAGAAAACUCAAUCUUAGGUGUUAAAUACUUUCCAUCUGAAAGUUAGUGUUAAGUUUGCAAAAAGAAAAGGAGUACUUGUGGCACCUUAGAGACUAACCAAUUUAUUUGAGCAUGAGCUUUCGUGAGCUACAGCUCACUUCAUCGUCCACUUAAUGUCAUGGAUCCCAUUCCUUUUAAAAAAUACACAUGUAAUGAAACUAUAGUAAUGCCAAUCUAGUUAAUAGAAGAACAUACUUGUUGACAGGUGCGAAAGUUUAGCACUUGUUAUAUUAGCACAGCCAUAAAUAUUCCCCCUCAAGUUAGAAUACAAAUGUCAAAAUCAAAAAUGUUGACUAGUUCGAGACACUUGCUGCCUCUGAUAAAAUCCCAACAGCUUCAGCUGGACAGCUCUGCAAGACGAUGGCAGAGUAUGGACCGAACGUUUCUGCUCUAUUCUUAAGAGCCAGUUUAGACGUAACUAAGAACAGAGUAAACACCCUUAAUAAUAAUUGCAGGGAUCUUAUUAUAAUAAUCUGCCUCUACAAAAACAAACAGAGUAGAGAGUUAGUACAACCAAGAUUCCUAAGGUGUUUUAUCAUUUACAGUCAUCACUGAAAUGUAAUUAAUAAAUUAAUAAGUCAUGUAGUGGUCCAGUCUCAGUACUCACUCAUAUUUAAAGCAGUACUGCCCAGGAAACUGUCAACAUCCCAUCAGUUUUAGCAGUACAUUCCCACU